CUAAUGAUUGUAAAAAGAAUAUUCGUAAAGCUUAUCUACCUACAGCUAAAACAUAUUUAGUAUAUGAUUGUAUAAGAGAAUCAAAAGAUGUACAAGAAUUUAUAGUUAAAUUAAAAGAAUUAAAGAAUACAUGUUCUGAGAAUUUUUUGUAUAAAUUAGUAGAAUUAAUCGAUA